AUGUUCGAAUGCAGUAUACUCCCAAGUGAAGGCACUGAAGUUAGGACAGCUGCGAACAUGGCGGUUGUACUUCUACAAAAAGCUUCGGUAUCCUCUGGCACUACGAAAGAGUUUACUGAAGGAGGAGUAACGAUCAAUCUGAAUUCAUCGGUACUGUCUGCACAAUUCCUGCACUUCACACCACGGCUGUUAACAGACUUUGCCGGCAAUCGAGUGAAUUUCAAGGCAUCGGUGGAAUGGGAAAAAUCACCACUAGCUGCACGUAUGAUAGACAUUGAACCACGGGUAGUCGUCGACUUCCAAGUGCCAGACGUCGAAAUUUCACUAGAACGUCGUGACUCGCAAAUGAAAACGAUCCCAGAAACUGUGAAUCGUGAUCCAGCUGAGAAAGGAGCCUCAACGCUUUCAUCUUUAAACGCUCUUCAUAUGUACAAAAUGAAGAUUGAAAUCGGUGCAGUAAAUACGCUAAUUGUGAUGCCACGACCGCUGGAAAUGACUGGAAAGAAUGAAUUCCCAUUGUACGACGUUCUAUCGCCAUGCUUGACCACAUGGUUGCAUGUGUCAAAGAAAGUAACCGAUACCGUUGUGGAGCUCCAAGAGAACUGGGGAUCGACGGUGGACAUGACUUUAGCCCAAGUACUCAAAUUGGCUCUGGAUUCAACAGACGAUCGUAUUUUCUACGCUAAAAGUGGACGAUGUGUGAUGUUGAAAGUGACGGACCCAGAAACUGUGAAUCGUGAUCCAGCUGAGAAAGGAGCCUCAACGCUUUCAUCUUUAAACGCUCUUCAUAUGUACAAAAUGAAGAUUGAAAUCGGUGCAGUAAAUACGCUAAUUGUGAUGCCACGACCGCUGGAAAUGACUGGAAAGAAUGAAUUCCCAUUGUACGACGUUCUAUCGCCAUGCUUGACCACAUGGUUGCAUGUGUCAAAGAAAGUAACCGAUACCGUUGUGGAGCUCCAAGAGAACUGGGGAUCGACGGUGGACAUGACUUUAGCCCAAGUACUCAAAUUGGCUCUGGAUUCAACAGACGAUCGUAUUUUCUACGCUAAAAGUGGACGAUGUGUGAUGUUGAAAGUGACGGAGUUGGGUGCACAUCAGAUUAGCUGUCCUUCAUGUUUACUGCUGCAUACAGUGUUAAGGUGGUGUGCCCUACCAGAAUCUGCGGAGAGGUUGGCUCAGCAACCGCCUUCUACUCUGGCACUGAUUCCUGAGUUUGCUGAGAAAAACAAGAGAAAAACCGCACUAAUGGCUCUCCUUAGCCACUGGCAUCCUGACAUCUGUCAGCAAGUUAAGCUAGCUUCUAAUGCUGAAGCACGGAAAUUCCGUGUUGAUCCAACUACGAUGCCGCGAGAUGUUCGUAUAUCGAUUGAAGAACCAGAGAAGAAGACCGAUAUGAAACACCGUCGUAACACGAGUACGGCAAGUCGGACGAACAUUGUAAGUACAAGGCCUAGAAUUUAUGUUCUACUGACAGCACCUAAGAAUAUAUUCCAUCGGGUGGGCGACUUAAAACCAAUGGAUACUGGAGGUCCGGAUUUUGGCGAGGAGAUUUUGCAGAAAUUAGUUCAGUGCCUG